AUGGUCCCAACGCCGAGAAAUCCCACCUCGUGGGACGAAUACGAGGGACGGGCCUCCCCCUCGGGAAGCCUAUGGUCAAGCGUUAUAGACGAAGAAGCUUCUUUUCUCGACAGCGAUGGAGACUGCACUCAGCCGCCAAUUGACCAGCACGACCGCAGGAGGUCCUCUGUGACAACCCGGCUCGCGGCAAUGGCAGACAUGGGAGGAGUGAAUAGCUUCAGAUCCUUCGCCAGGAGUUGGCAGCGUGCCGCGUCUUUUGCAGAAGUUAUUCCCCGCCGCCCAAGCUUUAUUCUUCCAGCCGAAGCAGAAACCGUUCCUGUAUCAAGUAGUGAUGAAAUCCAAUACAGCCGCAGCGCCGUUGACAGCCAAGCCCCACCACAGGCAGGAUUGCUUAGGCAACACCUGGGAGCAUCAGCGCCCCAGGAUUCCGCUUCAGUCGAGACUAUUCCCGACUCUGGGAUUGGCGUGGGACCUGCUGCAGGUAUCCCGCAAGAAGACUUCCGGGAACGAGAACGCGAAGCAUUCGAUAGUGAAAUGGCAUCGGGUGCUCUCCUUGAUGGGUCGCCGUCGACUCGGUCCAAUAUCUUCGCCGUACCCCCACACCUGGCGACGCCCUCACUCAUUGGAAGUUAUGGCUCACAGUAUGGCACCAUGGGUGCCCGCAGAUACAGAUCGCGGUCCUCAGCAAGCUAUGAGAGCACUUGGGGAAUGCGCGGUGAUCGUGGAGGCGACUAUGAUGAUGACGUUGCCCUCGGCGAGGAACAGCCUAUACUGGUCAAGGAGAUAAAGCAAGGUGACAGAGUGGUUUUGACCGUCGACGGCCAGAGCACCCUCCCGCAAUCAAUUUUCAACUCCAUCAAUGCAAUCAUCGGGGUCGGCUUACUGAGCUUGCCGUUGGCAUUCAAGAUGAGUGGGUGGAUACUUGGCUUGUUCAUUUUGACACUUACUGCUGCCGUCACCUCCCAUACAGGAAAGUUAAUUGGCAAAUGUAUGGAGUACGACCCCAGCAUAUUAACGUACUCAGAUUUGGCGUAUGUUGCCUUCGGAGCCCGGGCUCGAGUCAUUGUCUCAGCAUUGUUUACUCUGGAGCUUGUUGCAGCAUGUGUAGCCCUAGUCAUUCUUUUUGCUGACUCUCUGGAUCUUUUGAUGCCCACUGUGGCCAACACAACCGUCUGGAAGUGCGUUUGUGCUGCUCUCAUUCUGGUUUUGAAUAUGCUCCCUUUGCGAUGGCUCAGUUACACCAGCGUCGUUGGCAUUUUUUCUACAUUUUGCAUUGUUUGCAUUGUGAUAGUUGACGGCCUAGUCAAGCAACAUACUCCGGGAUCCUUAUGGGAGCCAGCAAGAAGUUAUCUCCUACCUUCCAACUGGCUUUCCCUUCCUCUGGCGUACGGGCUCAUGGCCAGCCCAUGGGGUGCCCAUUCGGUUUUCCCCUCUUAUGCCCUCGACACUUGCCUAGCCAUUGUUGGUGUUCUCAUGUUUGGCGACGGCAUAAAGGAAGCAAUCACAUCAAAUAUUCUCAAAACACUUGGCUAUCCCGAAUCUUUAACCAUACUGAUGUGUAUUUUCAUCACAAUAAUACCCCUGACCAAAAUUCCACUGAAUUCGAGACCUCUAAUCACAACGGUUGAUGUGGUUUGUGGUCUUCACAGAGACCCUCUUAACCUCCAGUCCCCUCAGUCGGGAUCGGACGCUCAGUUAUCGACCCUCACAAAUAUAUUGAGAGCAGGCGUCCGGGUCCUAGUUGUUCUGAUCCUUUUGGCUAUUUCUGUUCUGUUUCCAGCGUUUGACUCCGUCUGUGCUUUCCUCGGCGCUGCACUCUGCACGCUUAUCUCAGUCAUCUUGCCGAUUUGCUUUUACUUAAAACUGUAUUCAAAGGACAUCGCCAAGUGGGAACGUAUUGCAUCUUGGAUCUUACUGAUUACUUUCUCCAUCUUUGGAUUAGUUGGCACAAUUUGGACAUUCUUGCCUAAACAACUCGUAGGCACCUAG